UGGCCUCGGGAGCAUUUUGGUGGACAAUCAGAAUAAUGUUCAACAUCAACCCCCUGGAGAACCUGAAGCUAUACAUCAGCAGUCGGCCUCCCCUGGUGGUCUUUAUGAUCAGUGUGAGCGCCAUGGCAAUAGCUUUCCUGACCUUGGGCUAUUUCUUCAAAAUCAAGGAGAUUAAGUCACCGGGAAUGGCAGAGGAUUGGAAUACUUUUCUGUUGCGGUUUAAUGAUUUGGACUUGUGUGUAUCAGAGAAUGAAACAUUAAAGCAUCUCACAAAUGACACCACAACUCCGGAAAGCACAAUGACCAGCGGGCAGGCCAGAGUGUCCACCCAGUCCCCACAGACAUUGGAGGAUUCAGGCCCAGUUAACAUCUCAGUUGCAAUCACCCUCACCCUGGACCCACUCAAACCCUUUGGAGGGUACUCUCGCAAUGUCACCCAUCUGUACUCGACCAUCUUAGGGCAUCAGAUUGGACUUUCAGGCAGAGAAGCUCACGAAGAGAUAAACAUUACCUUUACCCUGCCAGCAGCUUGGAGCUCGGAUGACUGUGCCCUUCACAGUCACUGUGAGCAGGUGGUGUUCACAGCCUGCAUGACGCUCACAGCCAACCCCGGUGUGUUCCCCGUCACAGUACAGCCACCGCACUGUGUUCCGGACACAUACAGCAAUGCCACGCUCUGGUACAAGAUCUUCAUGACUGCUAGAGAUGCCAACACAAAAUAUGCUCAAGAUUACAAUCCUUUCUGGUGUUAUAAAGGGGCCAUUGGAAAAGUCUAUCACACUUUAAAUCCCAAGCUAACAGUUAUUGUUCCAGAUGAUGACCGUUCAUUAAUAAAUUUGCAUCUCAUGCACACCAGUUACUUCCUCUUCGUCAUGGUGAUAACAAUGUUUUGCUAUGCGGUUAUCAAGGGCAGACCUAGCAAAUUGCGUCAGAGCAGUCCUGAAUUUUGUCCUGAGAAGGUUGCUUUGGCUGAUGCCUAAUUCCACAACUGCCUGUUUUCUGAGAGACUGAGCAAACCGUAAGCAUUGCCUGCUGACGCCAGCCUGGGCCUGGACACUCUGUGAAUACCAUUCUUUUGCAAUGUUGGGUUAUUCCAGCCAAAGACAUUUCAAGUGCCUGUAACUGAUUUGUAUAUAUUUAUAAAAACCUAUUCAGAAAUUGG